GCCAACGGCUGUGCCACGCAAACCCCGUUUCGAAUCUGCCCUGUGCCUCCAGCCGCUAUCAACCACGGUGCGCUUGCGCACUCUAAAGUGCUAGGCGGCAAAUCUGGCAACCCCUGAUCGUUCACAGGGAGGUACUACAUAGUAGGGUUGGAGACUCUUGGAGGAGCCGCAUCCUACCGUCCCAGCGUCCCCAGCCCAGACAGACAGAGCACGCUGCGACAUUACCAAUAAAUAACCCCCUACUGCGGGCGACCAGACGGCGUGGUGAGCACUGUCCCCAACUUGACACCCAUCAGCGUGGCAUCAGAUCCAACCCCCUCUUGCCCCUCUCUCCUCAACCUCCCCCUCCUUCAAGAGGCCAAGACGAACACCCGUGGCUGGGUUGCAGUGCCCCGGCGCGCCUGUUAGCUCCAAACCGUGCACUCGGGGCACUCCACUCGCGCCCGAGCAGUCGGCACUCAGAUCGUCCCACAGUGAUGGCGCUCUCUCACGCUGACGUCUCCUUCGACUGCAUGCACACUGCGUGCAGUCUCCUCGCCUAUCUCUGUCACACACAACACUUGCAUACGGGAAGUGGCUGUCUCUUAUCUCCUAGGAACACAAUGGGAACCAACCAACCUGUGGAUACCAUCAAGAAUGUGAAGGGCUCGAUAGGUUUCAGGGCCUGCUCAAGAUAUACCUCCCACAGGAGACUGCCGAGGGGCUUCAUAUCGGGGGCUGUGCAGGUCAAAGAGGGGGUUCCAUGGGACUAGGACGUCGAGGGAUAGGAGACACCUACCUCACAAACCGAUAUUGACCGAGCAGGCAGGCAGGCUCACAUUUCUUUGGCCCAUGCUGCGAAUGCGCAAUACGGCUAGCACGACGACUGGGCUCGCUAUCUUGGGAAUCUGGAAGGGAUCGGCUGCUUCGGCGUACCUCCAGGGCCGGGGGAUAAUGAGGACGGCCCGGAUACAGUCGACGCAGAGUCCCCGGACGGGGCCGCUGUCAGGCUCACGAUCCUUCAGGGCCCUUCUUAUGGGGCAUAUGCCAUGGCAGAGCUGCCUUUCUUGGCCGAUAGCCUCGGCCCCUCGACCCUGACUAUGGACCGCAAUCCUCGUCUCAUCUCCCUUUUCUGUAUAGAUCCCGCUGUCGCCCAUCAACCAUCGUGCCAUGUGCUAUCCGUCCCUGCCGUCAUGGGUUCAAGCUUGUUGGCGCUCGUGGCAAUCUCCGCCCAGGGCGGAGAAUUAAGCACCUGGGCAGCGCCGGUGGAUGCAGCUUUUGUACCCCUGGUCCCUGGUCGGCGAGGGACUGCGGGAGAUCAUCUUCGGCUACAUGGUCCCGCUCUGGCACACUUCGCGGACCAGAAGCCUAAAGCGGUGCUGUAAGACCGCGACACUCCUAAACCAUACAGGAGGCGAUGUCACUAGUAGGGAGAUUAACGGCGCUUUUGCUCCUCAUCCACGGCUCACGGCCAAGUCUGGACGUCCGCAUCCUCGCCGUCGCCACCGGUGUCCCUCGAUAUAAAGACAUCCACACCAUGGCGUCUCUUGUCGUCAGGCUGGGAUGAGCCGUUGUCUCUGCAGCCCACCUCUUCUCUCUUUCCCUGCCUUUUAUCAUCAGGCUCACACAUUCUUUUGAUUCGGGAAUAUGAAGUCCGCAACCUUCGCCGCGGCGGCAGCUGCCAUUGCUGUCACACCUUUCGCCGCCGCCGGACUCGUUACAACCCGUGCUCCUGGUGCUACCUGUCGUUGUCUGCCGGGCGAUGCUUGUUGGCCAACGAAGUUCUCAUGGGAUCGCCUGAACAGCACCGUCGGUGGCAAGCUGAUUGCCACCGUUCCUAUCGGCUCCGUGUGCCAUGAUCCAACAUACGACGAGGCCGCUUGCACGGCUUUGCGCGACUCUUGGGUUCUUCCAGAGACACAGUGAGUUCACGUACAUACAGCUACGAAGCGACAAGUCUAAGCCCAGUCUAGUUUCCCAUCAUCAUCCUCCGUAAUGCAGUCCUACUUUGCGAACCAGUCUUGUGAUCCGUUCACAGAUCGUAGCACCCCUUGUCAGCUGGGAAACUAUGUCAGCUACGCCGUUGAGGUGACAUCUGCUCAGGACAUCGCGGAGACUGUCAAAUUUGCGCGGGACAACAACAUUCGCUUCCUGGUCCGAAAUACUGGUCAUGACCACCUUGGCCGGUCGACCGGUGCAGGAGCCCUCGCUGCAUGGACGCACAAGCUCAAGGAGAUCACCGUGACCAAGUGGUCUGACGACCUCUGGAAAGGAUCCGCAAUCAAAAUGGGUGCCGGAGUUCUCGGUUACGAGGUCACUGAGGUUGGCAAGACCGCAGGCCUUGUCGUCGUCGGGGGCGAAUGCCCUACUGUCGGCCCUGCAGGUGGAUACAUCCAAGGUGGUGGCCAUUCGGCCCUAACAACUAACUUCGGUAUGGCCGCCGAUCAAGCUCUCGAGUACGAGGUGGUCACCGCAAACGGGUCGAUUGUCACUGCCUCCCGUACUAAGAACGCCGACCUCUUCUGGGCUCUGAGUGGAGGUGGCCCUGGCACGUUUGGUGUUGUCGCCUCUGUCACCGUUCGAGCCUACCCCGAGGCACCCAUCAUUGGGGGCGUGGGCUUGCAGACCGCGGCCUCUUAUACUACCCAGGACAAGUGGUGGCAAAUGCUGGAUGCUUUCCAUGGACUACUCCCAGGCAUGACCGAUCAGGGCGCUAUGGUUGUUUUCAUUUACGGGAGCUCCGUCUUUGCUAUCAACCCUCUGACGGCCUACAACAAGACCGCCGAACAGGCACAGGCUAUUCUCAACCCAUUCCUUGACGUUCUUGCCAACCUAUCCAUCCCGUACGCCCUGUCUGCCACCAACUUCACAAGCUACCGCGAUCACUACAACCAAUGGAUGGGCCCUCUUCCAUACGGCCACGUCGAGGUUGAGUCCUACAAUUUCGGGUCCCGUCUAGUCCCUCGCGAUAUCCUCGCCAACUCAGACUCUCGCGCCAAAUACAUCGCUGCCAUCCGCUCUGGUGCCGACAAUCAUGGGGUGCUUGCCGCGGGAACAGCCUUCAACGCAAGCGCCCCUGCUGGCGUCUCCAACGCUGUGAACCCAUACUUCCGCAAAGCCACCCUCCACGUGCAGUAUUCAACGGCAUGGAGCAAUAACCCAGCAGACUGGGACAAGAUGCUCGCAGAUCAAAAAGCCAUGACUGACGAAAUCAUUCCACCCAUUGAGGCAGCGACUCCGGGAGGAGGCAAUUACAUCAACGAGGUCGACUUCAACAUCGCCGGCUGGAAAGAGAAGUUCUUCGGCGGUAACUAUGGUCGCCUCCUCCAGAUCAAACGCAAGUGGGACCCUGCAGGCUUGUUCUACGCGCUUAAGACCGUGGGCAGUGAUUCCUGGACUGUUGCCGCCAACGGCAGGAUGUGCCGCGCAUAAUGACCAGAAUAUGAGGAUAAUAUAGCGCUUUCUAGUUUUCAAUGCAGAUACUUAAUGAAGAUA